AUGGACAGACCACGGCAACUCGACGACCUCGCCGACGAAUUGAUUAGUGAUAUUCUCUCGUUUCUGCUUCUGAGCUGCGAGCAUCCCUCCAGCGACGCCUCUCCGAUCAGCUUCCACCAGGAUGCAGCGGUCCCAUCGAAUGGCAUCAUCAUCUCCCCCACCACCGCCUACGCAUACGGCGAGCGCUCCGAGCUGGAUCGAUUCCGUCUCGUCUGUCGCCGCUUCAUGCGCAUUGCCACGCCCCGGAAGUUCCCCCGUUUCGUCCUCCGCUUCUCCCUUGACGGCUUUCAACGCCUGGAGGAGCUCCUGCACAUGCAGCUGGCUUGUCAUGUGAGAUACUUCACGUACAUGGUGCGACCCUUCUAUCAAGGAAGCGGCUGGCCCGAUGUCCUUGCCGAUGACCACCUCCCCGCAGCCUCCAUCCACCGGCGCCGUCUGCACGACCAGACUGCCAUCGUCGACUGCAACCAGGACCUGACACUCCUGCGCCGCGCACUCGCCGCCUUCUCCUCCCUCCAACAGAUCAAACUCCUCCGGCUGCAGGACGCCGCCGACGAACGCCUCCUCGACCAUUUCCGCCAGUGCGAGCCCCGCGAGCCAUCCGCCCCCCGCCUCGACUGGGACUGCGCCUGCACGCGCGCCGUCUCCAGCCUAGCCAUCGCCCUGCUCGAAUCCCCUUGCACGGCCGUGCGCUUUGUCGGCCCGCAGAUCAGCCCGGAUGCCGCCCUGCACCUCCUCCACACGCCCACACCCACCCUCGCCGCACUGGCUCCGCGCCUCACCAGCCUCGAGGUCACCUUCCACGCCGCCGCUCCCAAGCACAUCCCCUCCAAGAUCCAUGCCCUCUCCCCCGUCUUCCAUGACUUCUUCCUCGCCGCCACCAACCUCGCCGCCAUCCACCUCGGCUUCCCGGCCACCCGCCCGCUCGCCCUGCCGCUGGACCGCGUCUUCCACCGCGUGCAGUGGAAGCGGCUCCGCGCCCUGAGCCUGCAGGGUUGGCGACUCGGCGCCGACGAGAUCAUCGCCUUGGUGCGCCGCCACCGCCGUCCACUGCGCGAUCUCCGCCUGACCAGCAUCUUCCUCGACGCCGGCCGCUGGCGCGAUGUGCUGGCUGUGAUGCAUGACGAAAUGGACCACCUCGACCGCGUCGACCUGCGCGAUAUCAACUACGCCGCAUAUUUGGACGCCCUGGACUUCCCACACGGUCAUGCGCACUCACAGGCCCAGGCGCACGCGCCUCCCCCGCCCGGCAUCGUCCUCGACAUCCCGCAGCCUGCCCUCUUUGCUUCUUCCUCCUCUUCUUCUUCUUCGUCAUCGUCGCCGUCGCCGUCAUCUGGCACGGCGCAGUCGCACGGAAACAGGCGUCCUUCGCUGACGCCUGCCACGCGGGACCGUCUUCGGUCCUUGACGGCGGACGAGCUCGGGGAUAACGGGGUGAGCGUGGGAUGCGGACAGAAUGCGCUGUGGGAGGCGUGGGUGCUGGCUAGUCCGCGGGAUGUGGUUCGUCGACGGUUCUAG